UUGUUUGCCACACCAUUCUUAGUGUUAGAUCGAGUUGCAUUCACCCACUACAGUCUCGGCGAUCGCUGCGAAUUUCUUGUUGAUCAGUGUUAAGCAAUUUGAACAUCUGACAACAAAAUGUCGGCGUCACUGUCCCCAGAGCAGUUGAAGGAAUUCAAAGAAGCGUUCAAGAUCUUUGACGUGGAUAACAGCCAGACCAUCACGACGGAUGAAUUGCUACUCGUCAUGAAGAACCUGGGAAUGAUGGCCACCAAGGACGAGGUGAAGGACAUGCUGUCAGAGGUAGACGAGGAUGGUAGCGGAGAAAUCGACUUUGAGGAGUUCGCAGAACUGAUGGUCAAACAGCUGAAACAAGGCAGCGAGCAGGAAGUCAGAGAAGCCUUCAAAGCGUAUGACACUGACAACAAAGGAUACUUCACAAAGGAUGAGCUACUCAAGCUGCUUAUGGCGGUAUCACAACAGAGCAAAGACAUCAAGAUCUCCAAAGAUGAAAUUGAAGAAGUUGUGAAGUUUCUGGAGCGCAAUGGUCGGAUCAACUUUGACAAGUUUGUCAAAGAGCUGAUGAAGUAAACGUUUAUCAGUGGUUGUUGGACUGUGAUGCUGUUAGGUGAAGACUUACGAAGAGCUUCAUAUGGGCUAAAUGUUUAUUUUAUGAUGACUUUAACAGCCAGACUUGCUGCGUUUAUUAUAAGUUUGUAAGGUAUCGUUUUGUAGAUUUUUCCUGUUCUAAUAAACUUCAUUCUCUUGCCUUGUA